AUGCGUCCCGAAAUCGAACAGGAGCUCGCCCACACCUUGCUGGUAGAACUACUGGCCUACCAGUUCGCAUCUCCAGUGAGAUGGAUUGAGACGCAAGAUGUUAUCCUGGCAGAGAAACGAACGGAAAGGAUUGUUGAGAUAGGUCCUGCAGAUACUCUAGGUGGAAUGGCACGACGAACGCUCGCUUCGAAGUAUGAGGCAUAUGACGCUGCCACAUCCGUUCAACGCCAAAUACUCUGCUAUAACAAGGAUGCGAAGGAGAUCUACUAUGAUGUAGACCCUGUGGAGGAAGAGCCUGAGGCCCCUCCUGCAAACAGCACAUCUGCUCCAGCUGCUCCGGUGGCAGCUACUGCGGCUCCUGCCGCAGCAGCCCCUCCUCCCAGCGCUGGUCCCGCCGCAGCAGUUGAGGAUGCUCCAGUAACAGCAGUGGAUGUGCUCCGGACACUCGUCGCACAGAAGCUGAAGAAGGGUUUGUCUGAUGUACCUCUAAGCAAAGCUAUAAAGGACUUGGUUGGUGGUAAAUCCACCUUACAAAAUGAAAUCCUUGGGGAUUUAGGCAAGGAAUUUGGUUCCACACCAGAGAAGCCUGAGGACACCCCUCUUGAUGAGCUGGGUGCUUCCAUGCAGGCGACAUUCAAUGGGCAACUGGGCAAGCAAUCCUCCUCUCUAAUUGCUCGCUUGGUCUCAUCCAAGAUGCCCGGAGGUUUCAACAUCACCGCCGUCCGCAAAUACCUUGAAACACGAUGGGGCCUGGGAUCCGGCAGGCAAGACGGUGUUCUUCUUCUCGCCCUUACAAUGGAACCCGCAUCUCGUAUUGGAUCGGAGGCGGACGCUAAGGCAUAUCUCGAUGAUGUGACCAACAAAUACGCCGCUAGCGCAGGAAUAAGCCUCUCUGCCCCAGCAGCCGGUGGCGACAGUGGUGCGGGAGCCGGCGGCAUGCUCAUGGACCCAGCAGCAAUUGAUGCUCUGACCAAGGAUCAACGGGCCUUGUUCAAGCAGCAACUUGAGAUUAUCGCAAGAUACCUAAAGAUGGAUCUGCGCGCAGGCCAAAAAGCUUUCAUCACCUCCCAGGAGACCCAGAGGGCUUUGCAGGCCCAGAUAGAUCUUUGGCAAGCCGAGCACGGUGAUUUCUACGCUUCUGGCAUUGAGCCAUCCUUUGAUCCUCUUAAGGCCCGUGUGUAUGACUCUUCUUGGAAUUGGGCCCGUCAGGACGCUUUAAGCAUGUACUAUGAUAUCAUCUUUGGCAGACUGAGGGUCGUUGAUCGUGAAAUCGUGAGCCAGUGUAUCCGCAUCAUGAAUCGGUCGAACCCGCUUCUUCUUGAUUUCAUGCAGUAUCAUAUCGACAACUGUCCUACUGAUCGUGGCGAGACAUACCAGCUGGCGAAGGAGCUUGGCGAGCAGCUCAUUGAAAAUUGCAAGGAAGUUCUCGGGGUUGCCCCAGUCUACAAGGAUGUGGCGAUCCCCACUGGUCCCCAGACAACUGUUGACGCCCGAGGAAAUAUUGGGUACAAGGAGGUUCCCCGAGCCAGCGCUCGCAAGCUGGAGCAUUACGUGAAACAAAUGGCGGAAGGCGGUCCCAUCUCCGAGUACAGUAACCGCGCUAAGGUGCAAAAUGAUCUUCGCAGUGUCUACAAACUGAUCCGCAGGCAGCAUCGUCUGUCUAAAUCUUCCCAGUUACAAUUCAAUGCGCUUUAUAAAGAAGUCAUUCGUGCCCUCAGCAUGAACGAGAACCAAAUUAUGCCGCAAGAGAACGGUAAUGGGAAGCGUUCGAACCGGCCCGGUCAAAAGCACAACGGCAGCCCUCGAGCUGGCAAGGUUGAAACCAUUCCAUUUCUACAUCUCAAGAAGAAGACUGAACAUGGGUGGGAGUAUAAUAAGAAGCUCACUGGUACCUAUCUUGAUGUGUUGGAGUCAGCCGCACGGUCAGGUCUUACAUUCCAGGGCAAGAAUGUUCUCAUGACUGGAGCCGGUGCUGGUUCUAUUGGUGCUGAAGUCUUACAAGGCCUGAUUAGCGGUGGUGCCAAGGUGGUUGUGACCACAAGCCGUUACUCACGUGAAGUCACUGAGUACUAUCAAGCCAUGUAUGCCCGCUACGGUGCCCGUGGCUCACAGCUGGUCGUGGUCCCUUUCAACCAAGGUAGCAAACAAGAUGUAGAAGCCCUUGUCAACUACAUAUAUGAUACGAAGAAAGGGCUUGGUUGGGACCUAGACUCUGUUAUCCCGUUCGCUGCCAUCCCAGAGAAUGGUCGGGAGAUUGAUUCUAUCGAUUCGAAGUCAGAGCUCGCUCACCGCAUCAUGUUGACCAACCUCCUGCGGCUCCUAGGCUGUAUCAAAUCUCAAAAGCAGAGCAAUGGCUUCGAAACACGACCGGCCCAGGUAAUCCUUCCCCUAUCGCCAAACCACGGCACAUUCGGGAAUGACGGCUUGUACUCCGAGUCCAAGCUAGCUCUGGAGACGCUCUUCAACCGUUGGUACUCGGAAAGUUGGAGUAACUAUCUUACCAUCUGCGGUGCUGUUAUUGGCUGGACUCGCGGUACAGGUUUGAUGGCCGGAAACAACAUGGUCGCGGAAGGAGUUGAGAAACUUGGUGUCCGCACUUUCUCUCAGCAAGAAAUGGCCUUCAACUUACUGGGUCUCAUGGCUCCUGCAAUUGUCAAUUUGUGUCAGCUCGACCCUGUUUGGGCGGAUUUGAAUGGUGGACUUCAAUUCAUUCCUGACCUGAAAGGCCUCAUGACAAAGCUCCGUACCGACAUCAUGGAGACAAGCGAUAUUCGCCAAGCGGUGAUCAAAGAAACUGCCAUCGAAAACAAGGUUGUUAAUGGAGAAGACAGUGAAGCGCUGUACAAGCGUGUUGUUGCUGAGCCUCGAGCCAAUAUCAAGUUCGAGUUUCCCAAACUCCCCAGCUGGGACGAGGAAAUACAACCCCUUAAUGAAACUCUCAAAGGCAUGGUCAACUUGGACAAAGUUGUCGUUGUCACUGGUUUCGCAGAAGCUCAUGGAAAAUUCUCUCUUGAGGGAUGUGUGGAAAUGGCAUGGAUCAUGGGGCUUAUCAAACACCACAACGGUCCGCUGAAAGGAAAGUCAUACUCGGGCUGGGUUGAUGCAAAGACCGGGGAACCGGUAGAUGACAAAGACGUCAAGCCGAAGUAUGAGAAAUAUAUUCUUGAGCACUCUGGAAUCCGCCUCAUCGAGCCUGAGCUCUUCAAGGGCUACGACCCAAAGAAGAAGCAGCUGCUUCAGGAAAUUGUCAUUGAGGAGGAUUUGGAUCCAUUCGAGGCCUCUAAAGAAACCGCCGAAGAGUUUAAGCGGGAGCAUGGUGACAAGGUUGAGAUUUUUGAAGUUCCUGAAUCUGGAGAGUACACCGUCCGUCUCAAGAAGGGUGCCAACCUCUUGAUUCCCAAGGCUCUCCAGUUUGACCGCCUUGUUGCAGGCCAGGUGCCAACAGGCUGGGACGCUAAGCGAUAUGGCAUUCCCGACGACAUCAUUGAGCAGGUUGACCCAGUGACCUUGUUUGUUCUUGUCUGCACUGCUGAAGCGAUGCUCUCGGCGGGUAUCACCGAUCCUUACGAGUUCUACAAGUAUGUCCAUUUAUCCGAGGUUGGUAAUUGCAUUGGCUCUGGAAUUGGAGGAACCCAUGCCUUGCGAGGAAUGUACAAGGAUCGGUACCUAGACAAGCCACUUCAGAAGGAUAUCUUGCAGGAGUCGUUCAUCAAUACUAUGAGUGCAUGGGUCAACAUGCUAUUACUCUCCUCUACUGGACCUAUCAAGACGCCCGUUGGUGCUUGUGCAACGGCUGUGGAGUCUGUUGACAUCGGAUACGAGACUAUUGUCGAAGGAAAGGCCCGUGUCUGUUUUGUUGGUGGUUUCGAUGACUUCCAGGAAGAGGGCUCAUAUGAGUUCGCCAACAUGAAGGCUACCAGUAAUGCUGAAGAUGAGUUUGCCCACGGGCGUACACCGCAGGAGAUGUCACGUCCUACGACGACUACUCGUGCUGGCUUCAUGGAAUCACAAGGUUGUGGUAUGCAACUCAUCAUGAGCGCUCAGCUCGCGCUGGACAUGGGGGUGCCAAUCCACGGUGUUAUUGCUUUGACAACUACGGCUACCGACAAGAUCGGCCGCUCAGUUCCUGCACCCGGACAGGGUGUCCUUACUACUGCGCGGGAGAAUCCUGGCAAAUUCCCAUCGCCCUUGUUGGACAUCAAGUACCGCCGCCGGCAGUUAGAUUUGCGCAAGAAGCAGAUCAAGGAGUGGCAGGAAUCUGAGUUAUUGUAUCUUCAGGAGGAGGUUGAGGCCAUGAAAUCUCAAGGCUCUGAGUCGUUCAACAUGCCUGAAUACAUGCACGAACGAGCCCAACACAUUGAGCGCGAGGCCGUGCGCCAGGAGAAGGACGCACAGUUCAGUCUUGGCAACAAUUUCUGGAAGCAAGACUCGCGCAUUGCUCCUCUGCGUGGCGCUCUUGCCACCUGGGGCCUCACCGUGGAUGACAUCGGCGUCGCUUCUUUCCAUGGUACUUCCACCGUCGCAAACGAUAAGAAUGAAUCGGAUGUCAUUUGCCAGCAGAUGAAGCAUUUGGGCCGUAAGAAGGGAAACGCAGUCUGGGGUGCCGCCGGUGCUUGGAUGUUCAACGGCUGCCUGCAGGUUUUGGAUAGUGGGUUAGUUCCCGGCAAUAGGAACGCUGAUAAUGUGGACAAGGUGCUCGAAAAGUUCGACUAUAUUGUCUACCCCAGCCGCAGCAUUCAAACGGAUGGUGUAAAGGCAUUCUCAGUUACCUCAUUCGGUUUCGGUCAGAAGGGCGCGCAAGUUAUUGGCAUUCACCCCAAGUAUCUGUACGCCGCUCUUGACCGCGCCCAGUUUGAGGCCUAUAAGGCCAAGGUUGAGGCCAGACAAAAGAAGGCCUAUCGCUUCUUCCACAACGGCCUGAUCAACAAUAGCAUAUUUGUUGCUAAGAACAAGGCGCCAUAUGAAGAUGAGCUUCAAAGCAAAGUCUUCCUCAACCCUGAUUAUCGGGUUACCAUUGACAAGAAGUCUUCUGAGCUUAAGUUCCCUGCAGUUCCCCCAAAAGUCGCAGAUAAGGGAGUUGAAAGCACGAGGCAGGUAGUUGAGUCGCUGGCGAAAGCUCACGCCGUUGAAAACUCCAAGGUGGGAGUGGAUGUGGAAAACCUGGAAUCUCUCAAUAUUGAAAAUGAGACGUUCAUCAACCGGAAUUUCACUGCUGAAGAGCAGCAAUACUGUCGCAAGGCAGCCUCUCCCCAAGCAUCCUUCGCCGGACGCUGGAGUGCGAAGGAGGCUGUUUUCAAAUCCCUUGGUGUUUGCAGCAAAGGCGCCGGUGCUCCGUUAAAGGACAUCGAAAUCACUAACGACGCAACAGGGGCUCCUGUUGUUAAUCUUCAUGGUGCUGCAGCUGAGGCGGCCAAACAGGCCGGUGUGAAACAAGUCAAUGUCAGCAUCAGCCACAGUGAUUCUCAGGCAGUAGCUGUAGCCGUUUCCACAUUCUAAUGGUUUGAUGAGCAAUCUGGGUUAGAGUAUAUGUAUCUAAGUAUAGAUAAUUUCUUCUUUUCAUUGUUUC